UCUCUCUUCUCACACCUUUUAACUCAAACCUAAUUCUCUCUUCGCCGCUUAAAAAGCUUUUUCAUCAAAUCUUCACCGAAAGCUUUUCUUUGUGAUAAUGUCUGGUGGUAAAGGAGAAGGUCCAGCGAUCGGAAUCGAUCUGGGCACGACCUACUCGUGCGUCGGAGUAUGGCAACACGAUCGUGUUGAGAUCAUCGCUAAUGAUCAAGGUAACAGGACGACUCCGUCUUACGUGGCCUUCACCGACUCGGAGAGGUUGAUUGGUGAUGCCGCCAAAAACCAAGUCGCCAUGAAUCCGAUUAACACCGUCUUCGAUGCAAAGAGAUUGAUUGGUAGAAGAUUCAGCGACUCAUCAGUCCAAAGCGACAUGAAGCUAUGGCCUUUCAAGAUCAUCCCUGGUCCUGCCGACAAACCCAUGAUCGUCGUCAGCUACAAAGGAGAAGAGAAGCAGUUUGCCGCCGAGGAGAUCUCCUCCAUGGUUCUCAUCAAGAUGCGUGAGAUAGCUGAAGCUUACCUUGGCGUCACCAUCAAGAAUGCUGUGGUCACUGUCCCUGCCUACUUCAACGACUCUCAGCGUCAAGCUACAAAGGACGCUGGUGUCAUCGCUGGUUUGAACGUCAUGCGUAUCAUCAACGAGCCUACAGCAGCAGCCAUUGCCUAUGGUCUUGACAAGAAGGCGACCAGUGUUGGAGAGAAGAAUGUCUUGAUCUUUGAUCUCGGUGGUGGUACUUUUGAUGUCUCUCUUCUCACCAUUGAAGAAGGUAUCUUUGAGGUCAAGUCUACUGCUGGAGACACUCAUCUUGGCGGGGAGGAUUUCGACAACAGGAUGGUUAACCAUUUUGUCCAAGAGUUUAAGAGGAAGAGCAAGAAGGACAUUAGCGGCAACCCUAGAGCUCUGAGGAGGUUGAGGACUGCCUGCGAGAGAGCAAAGAGAACUCUUUCUUCCACUGCUCAGACCACCAUCGAGAUUGACUCUUUGUUUGAGGGGAUUGAUUUCUACUCUGCACUCACUCGUGCUAGGUUCGAAGAGCUCAACAUGGAUCUUUUCAGAAAGUGUAUGGAGCCUGUGGAGAAGUGUCUACGUGAUGCUAAGAUGGACAAGAGUACAGUCCACGAUGUUGUCCUCGUCGGAGGCUCUACACGUAUCCCAAAAGUCCAACAGCUUCUCCAGGAUUUCUUCAAUGGAAAAGAGCUUUGCAAGUCCAUUAACCCUGACGAGGCUGUGGCUUAUGGUGCAGCGGUUCAG